UUUUAAAGUGCUUGGCUCACACAUCCUGCCCAAACAAUGUCCUCACGACAUAAAGUCACAUCAGGGGUGUGAUGCAGCCCCUCAGUCAGUCAAGCAUGGAGAUCACAACACUGUGCACGAUUGUCGCCUCUCUGAGACUCACUCCCAACAGAUCACAGUACUUUUUGUACGAGUCUGUAACGCUGAGCUGUGGGGAGUCAGGAAACUCCUCUUUAUGGAGAAUUAAGAGAAACACAUCCACGCACAUAAACAAUGAGUGCUCCGUCAAUUGGGGGACAAGAAAGGAGUCCCAGUGCUUAAUUGAUGACCUUCUCCCAUUAGACACUGGAGUGUACUGGUGUGAGUUUGGACCUGGAGAGUGCAGCGAUGCCGCCAACAUCACUGUGACUGCAGGCUCUGUGAUCCUGGAGAGUCCUGUCUUCCCUGUGCAGGAGGGAGAAUCUGUGACUCUUCACUGCAUAAAAAUGACGACGUCCUCUUCCAAUCUCACGGCUGAAUUCUAUAAAGAUGGCGUCCUGAUCCACAGCAGCUCGACAGGAAACAUGACCAUCCACCGUGUUUUGAAGUCUGAUGAAGGUCUCUACAAGUGUACCAUCUUUGGAGCUGGAGAAUCACGAAACAGCUGGCUGGCUGUCAGAGAAGCUGGGCGUCCUGAAUCUUCUCAUUGCUCUCCUUCACACAUUCUACUUCCUGUGGUGGGCGUUUGCCUCUUCCUGGCGGCCUGUGUGACGCUGCUGUGCCUCUGGAGGAACUACAAAGGUAAAACCGACGCUGAUGUGUUAUACACGAAUGUCACUAUCACACAGGAAGUGCAACCAAAAGAGGACAGAGGAUUCGAUUCUUCAUCAACCUACUCAACAAUCAAACCAUGAAACACCUGAGGGGAAACACCUGAGGGGAAACACCAGAACCAGUGUUGAAAUGUUUUAUUUUUACAUGUUCAUGUAUUAAACUGAAAUCAUGUUCAAUGUCUGUUUGAUUACGGUUUCUUAAAACUGUAAUGUAAUGUAAAUGUAAUGUAAAGAAAAAACCUGAUUCAUUAUCCAAAACAGAAAUACUUUCUUUUCGUUGAAAAAUA